UGGCCGGCACUGCACUCGCGCUUUGGAGCGAUGGGCUCCAAGCUGCUGCUACUGCUUCUGCUGCUGCCCGCGGUGUCGGUGACUGUGACAGCCAGUAUGACCCACUGUAAAUUAAAGGAGUACCAGGAUGGGAACUUCUGCUGCAAACUCUGCAGAGCGGGCUUCUGGAUCAGGAUCAGUCGAGGGUGCAAGGAGAACAGUGGAGAUUGUGUUCCGUGUAAGUCCGGAAGCUUCCUGGCCCACAAAAACAACCUUCCAUCCUGCAAGCUAUGCUACCUGUGCCAGGAGGACCAGGAGGAGGUGGCCAAUUGUUCCCAGACGACCAACCUGCAAUGCCAGUGCAAACAAGGCUUCUACUGUCCCUUGAAAGAUUGUGAGAGCUGUUUCCACUGCACGAGUUGUCCUGAAGGUAGAGCUGUCCAUAAGCCAUGCAACGCCACAGUGGACACAGUGUGUGCUGAACCUGAUCCUCAGCCAGGCAAGGGGUUCUCAAAUCUGGCGACAAGCAUCUUUAACGUGUGGCUCCUCACAAAAGCAAAGGCCGUAACCCGCCGCCCCCUUCCCGGCUCCCAGAAUCAAUCCAGGGGCGUGGACUCGCCCUUCCUCCCCCGCCAUGCCUUCUACGACCGCUGA